GUUACACAGAGGGAGGGAGGGAGAGAGAGCCAGCUAGUGAGCCUGUGUGUUACAGAGGGAUACUGGGAGAGGGAGGAUAAUGUGUGUGUGGCCAAGGAAAAGGCAGGGUGUUUAAGAGUGAGAGAGUUUGAGAAAGACUAGUUUACUAGAGGCAGAAGUGUGAGCAAGAGGAACAAAGGUUACGGAGAAAAAUAGGAAUACAGAAAGGGAGAGGGAGAGAGAUACAGAAACAAAGUUAUAGCAGCUGUUUCAGACCAUCAGAGAGCGGACUGAGCCAAAGGGAACAAGAGAGAGUUUCUGAGUCAUGGGCAAAUCAGCUUCUAAGCAGUUUUCGGAGGAGGUGUUGCAGAGUCAUAAUGAGUAUCGUAGGAAGCACCAGGCACCCCCUCUGAAGCUGAGCAGCAAGCUGAGUAGCGAUGCAACUAGGUAUGCUGAGUCUCUGGCCAGCACACGGAUCCUGAAGCACAGUGUUGAGUCCAGUAAGGGGAGCUGUGGCGAGAACCUGGCCUGGGCCUCCUAUGACCAACCAGGGAAGGAUGUGGCCGACCGCUGGUAUGACGAGGUCAAACAAUACAACUUCAACCGCCCCGGCUUCUCCUCUGGCACAGGUCAUUUCACAGCAAUGGUGUGGAAGGGCAGUAAGAAGCUGGGUGUGGGGAAGGCCAGUGCGCCAGAUGGCUCGUCAUUUGUGGUAGCCAGGUACUUUCCAGCAGGGAACAUCACCAACCAGGGACACUUUGACAACAACGUCCUGCCGCCCAAGGACUGAGGAACAUACUGACCAAUCACCCCCAUUCAAAGGACAUUUGCACUUUGACUUGUGACCUUGACUUUUUUUAUAUAUAUAAAUAUAUAUGACAAAACCACUGUGACUAACAAAUGCAUGAACAAAAAUAGGCACACCAUUGACCAAACCCAGACCAUGCCAGCUGUGCCUUUUGGAGGUGUACCAGCCACCCAACUGGGUUUCGACCUACUCAUGCCAUCGUUAGUGGGGGUAGAGAUUUUACACAUAGUAAAAUCAUUUCUGGUAAAAAAUAAAUAAUUGUACCAGUCAAGUUUGGACACACCUACUCAUUCAAGGGUUUUUCUUUAUUUUACUAUUUUCUACAUUGUAGAAUAAUAGUGAAGACUUCACAACUAUGAAAUAACACAUAUGGAAUCAUGUAGUAACCAAAAAAGUGAUAAUUAAACAACUCAAUGUAUAUUUUAGAUUCUUCAAAGUAGCCACCCUUUGCCUUUGCACUCUUGGCAUUCUCUCAACCAGCUUCACCUGGAAUGCUUUUCCAACAGUCUUGAAAGAGUUCUCACAUAUGCUGAGCACUUGUUGGCUGCUUUUCCUUCACUCUGCGGUUGAACUCAUCCCAAACCAUCUCAAUUGGGUUGAGGUCGGGUGAUUGGAGGCCAGGUCAUCUGAUGCAGCACUCAUCACUCUCCGUCUUGCUCAAAUAGCCCUUACACAGCCUGGAGGUGUGUUGAGUCAUGGGGGAAAAAAUGAUCGGAUGGUGUUUCGCUGCAGAAUGCUGUGGUAGCCAUGCUGGUUAAGUGUGCUUUGAAUAAAUUACUGAAAGUGUCACCAGCAAAGCACCAUCACACCUCCUCCUCCAAGCUUCACGGUGGGAACUACAUAUGCAGAGCUCAUCCGUUCACCUAUUCUGCGUCUCACAAAGACACGGCGGUUGGAACCAAAAAUCUAAAAUUUGGAUUCAUCAGACCAAAGGACAGAUUUCCACUGGUCUAAUGUACAUUGCUAAUGUUUCUUGGCCCAAGCAAGUCUCUUCUUAUUAUUGUUGUCUUUUAGUAGGGGUUUCUUUGCAGCAAUUCGACCAUGAAGGUCUGAUCCAGGCUGUCACGUUCGUCGUAACAUUUAAGUGAGGAGGACCAAGGCGCAGCGUGAUAACAAUACAUUCUUCUUUAAUGAAGACCGAAACGAACACAAUACAAACUAAUCAAAACAACAAACAGACGAACGUGAAGCUAUACAAACAAUAAGUGUAGACACUGGCAACUUACACAUAGAAAAUCACCCACAACCUACCUAAUGACUAUGGCUGCCUAAAUAUGGCACCCAAUCAGAGACAACGAAUGACAGCUGUCUCUAAUUGAGAACCAAUCCAGGCAACCAUAGACUUACAUAAACACCUACAAUGAACACAACCCUAUGAACUCUACAAACACCCCCUAGACAAUACAAACACCCUAGACGAGACAAAAACAUCCCCCAUGUCACACCCUGACCUAACUAAAAUAAUAAAGAAAACAAAGAUAACUAAGGCCAGGGCGUGACACAGGCAGUCUCCUCUGAAGUUGAUGUUGAGAUGUGUCUGUUACUUGAGCUCUGUGAAGCAUUCCUUUGGGCUGCAGCAGAGGUAACUCUGGGUCUUCCUUUCCUGUGGCAGUUCUCAUGAGAGCCAGUUUCAUCAUAGCCCUUGAUGGAUUUUGCGACUGCACUUGAAGAAACUUUCAAAGCAAAGUUCUUGAAAUUUUAUGAUUGACUGACCUUCAUGUCUUAAAGUAAUGAUGGACUUUUUCUCUUCGCUUAUUUGAGCUGUUCUUGACAUGAUAUGGACUUGGUCUUUUACCAAAUAGGGCUAUCUUCUGUAUACCACCCCUACCUUGUCAUAAUACAACUGAUUGGCUCAAACGCAUUAAGAAGGAAAGAAAUUCCACAAAUGAACUUUUAACAAGGCACACCUGUUAAUUGAAAUGCAUUCCACGUGACUACCUCAUGAAGCUGUUUGAGAGAAUGCCAAGAGUGUGCAAAGCUAUCAUUAAGGCAAAGAGAAUCUCAAAUGUAAAAUAUAUUUUGAUUUGUAUAACACUUUUUUGGUUACUACAUGAUUCCAUAUGUUAUUUCAUAGUUUUGAUGUCUUCACUAUUAUUCUACAAUGUAGAAAAUAGUAAAAAUAAAGAAAAACACUGGAAUGAGUAGGUGUGUCCAAACUUUUCAAUGGCACUGUAUGUAUGUGUUUUACUCAUUGUGAGCAUGAUUUAAACGGACCUGUUUUCUGAACUGAACACUUGUUUGACUAUGUUUUGUAUUCUGUUUAAUGUAAUAAAAGCAACUCUCUGUAAAA